AUGCUCCGCUGCCAGGAAGACUCUUCGAUCGUCUGUCUUCUCGGGAAUGGCGACGCUCUCAAGGACGUACCAUCAGCGCAGGCUUCGUCUGCGACCCUCUUUGGGACGUACCAACGACGCAGCCUCCACCUCUGCGACGUCGCACCGGCUCCGAUGCGUCUCUGCGCUGCCUGCCCUGAUGCGUCUUUGCGCACCCUCGACGACGUCCUUGUUGCGAUCACGGUUCUGACUUCGAGGCGCAAACAGGCGCCCAAACGCUCGCCCGGUGGCGCUUCCGAAAUCACUCAAGGACUGACUUAA